AUGCACGGCUCCAAGCUCCUCAUUCCGGCACUGGCGGCGCUCGCAACCGCCUCUCCCGCGCACCGAGCGAUGCCGCGCGCCACUAACUCGACUGGCGUCAAUCCGGCCAUUUACGAUGGAUCGUGCUUCUACCCAACGCCCGACCCCAACUUUCCUGAUGACCUCUCCGAGUACCUGGGCCGUUGGUAUCAGGUAGCCGGCACCUUUGCCCUCUUCACUGCAGGCUGCCAGUGUACCACGGCUGAUUAUGCCCUGAACGACGACGGCACCGUGAGUGUCCACAAUGCCUGCAGCAUCCUGGGUUUCAUUCCCAAUGAAAUCGACGGAGCCGCGAGCAUCGUGGACAGCAAAUACGGAAGCAAGGGCGUCUUCCAAGUUAGCUUUCCAUCCGUUCCUGGCGGUGGUGUCGUCUGCCCUGGUCCCAACUACAUUGUGCAAAAGUACGAUCCCAACUACGCCAUUGUUCAGGCCCCUUCUUGGGAUGAUCUCUUUAUCCUGAGCAGAGUGCAGAACCCAUCCGAGGAAGAUCUCGACGCAUGGAUUGCCGAGGCCGCUGUUUUGGGAACAAAUGCUUCCUCAAUCGAGAAGAUCAUUCAAAGCAACUGCACCUCGUCCUAA